UCAAGCAUAUGUAUAGUUUAUGUCGAUCGCAAUGCUAGCGAGAGAGAUUCCUAUUCUUUUGGAGAAAGAAAGAAUGGAUAAAAUGCGACAGCGCCGGCAUUGCGCUCCGCCAUAGCGCCGGCAUUCGCCAUAGCUGCCAUCGCGAAGACGAGGCCCUAAUUUUUCUUUAACACCCUGGAUCCAACGGUGAUCCCUUAACAUCCAAAGUUUUAGUAAAAUAGAAAAUAGUAUAUGCAAAGAAUCUUCAGGAAACUGGCACACUAGGUAGGGUUUGCUUCGCGUGUGUGCUCCGGGCGACGAAUUCCGCCCGCCCAGAGGGAAUUUCACUGGAUUCGCAGCAGUGCGCACUAGAAUCGGUGCGUGUGGAUUGCCGGAGCUGGAUUCGGGCCCCCGGGAGCGCCGGUCAGCGAUUGCAUUGCGCAUUUGAGGUCAGUGCUGCUCGGGCGCUUAGGGUUUAUAGCAGCAGCGUGAGAUCUGGGAGAGAGCAGAUUGUUGCGCGAUAAGCUGUCACCCGUGGCGCAGAUCCUGUCAACAAUGGCAGGGGUCUUCUGGAAAAUGGCCGCCACAUCGCCGAUCGAGUCCAUACUGGACAAGAGCGGCUACACGCUCGAGGAGCUCCUGGACGAAGAGCAGAUAAUUCAGGAGUGCAAAUCCACGAACUACAGGCUCGUAAACUUUUUAAGAGGAAAGGCUCAAGUCCAGCAAAUGAUCCGCUACAUUGUGGAGGAAGCUCCCGAAGGAGCAUCCAGUGAACGGGCUUUCAAGUUCCCAUUCAUCUCCUGUCAAGUCAUCACGUGUGAAGUUCAAGAUAUCCUGAAGACACUCGUGGAAGAUGAAGAGCUCCUUGGAUUCUUAUUUUCUUUCUUGGAUCCUUCCUGGAAACAUGGAACGCUGUUAGCCGGUUAUUUUAGCAAGGCAGUGGUUUGGCAGGUCGUGAUUUGCUUGUUGAUUCGAGAGCAUGCAGCAAUCAUCCGCUAUUUGCAAGGACAUAAAGAUCUCCUGAAAAACCUUGUUGACUUGAUUGGGAUCACCUCAAUCAAAGAGGUCCUAAUGAGGCUCGUGGAGGUUAGUGAUCACGUGAUUGCAUAUCACGUUGAAUCCUUGCAAUGGCUAGCAGAGGAAACUGAUAUUUUGGAGAUGCUGGUGGAUAAGCUUAACCCGCAAUAUCCUUCUGAAGUACAUGCGAACGCGGCAGAGACGCUAGCAGCUAUAAGUCGUUCUGUUCCAUCUGACCACUACGGCAAUUACAGUGGACCCUCUGCUCUGGGUUCGAAACUGGCCAGCCCACGGUUUGUGGCUAAACUCUUUAAUCUCGCAUUGGAGGAUCAAGAAUCAAAAUCAGCUUUGAUUCAUUCUCUCUCUGUUUGCAUUUCAUUAUUGGAUCCAAAGCGCGCGUCGUCGGCUGGUCUAAGAUCUCGUCCACCGGCUGAAAUGCCCGUAGCAAGCCCGGAGACGGUUGAAGGGAUGCUUCAAAGUCUAGGAAGUUUGCUACGUUUGUUGGACAUUGUCGACGACACCAAGAGGCUCCCAACUACUUACGGUGAAUUAAGGCCUCCUUUUGGUAUACAUCGCCUUAAGAUUGUAGAAUUUGUUGCUGUCCUGCUAAGAACGCAAAGCGAAGCUGCUCGUCAAGAGUUAAUUCGGUUGCAAGCAUUACAAACGAUUCUUGGGUUCUUUUUCGACUAUCCUUUUAACAACAUGCUACAUACUCACGUUGAAGCAAUCAUUACCUCAUGCAUAGAAGACGGUGGUCUGACAGACAAUUUGUUUGGGGACUGUGACUUCCUGUCACGGUUGUUGGCAACAGAUGAAAAUCAAUAUGCGCACGAUACGCGACCAGAGAGCGUAUCGAAAAAAAAGCCUCCACCUAAAGUUGGGAACAUGGGUCACCUUACUCGUAUUGCUAAUAGGCUUGUACAGACGGAAAAUUCUAAUCCACGGUUGCAGGGUUACCUUCAAUCGCAUCCCAGGUGGUCUCAAUGGCAGAGCACUGUUCUUCAGCAGCGUAAUAUGCUAGAGAAUGUAUUUCAGUGGACGUGCGGGCGGCCAACGUCAAUCAGGGAGCGGCCUGUAGAAAGUGAUGACGAGGAGUUCCGUGAGAGAGACUUUGACGUCUCAGCAAUGGCUACCAAUUUGACACGGGAAGUAUUUCGAUACGGGAUAUUUGACGACGAAGAUCCUGACGAGAUUUCCGGCCCUGUCGGAAGGGAGGAUGAGGACGUUUAUUUCGACGAUGAAAGUGCCGAGGUUGUUAUUUCUUCUAUUCGCUUGAGCGAUGAGCAAGAAAGGGCUCCAACAUGGUUUGAUUUUCAGGACGUUGAGCCAGAUAACCUCACUUCUUCGGCUGGGAAUAGCAAUGCUCAAUUGAGUGCGCUAAGCAGGAGCUUCCGUGACGAUGAGGUUGUGGUUGGAGAGGACAGUGAGUUGCCGUCUGCAAACGAGCCAUCUGGAUGGGGUGACAGAAAUGGAGUAGGAGGCACAGACAACGCAGCCUUCAAUCUGGAUUACUUUUCAAGGUCUUCAGCAGACUGGGCUAACUUCCAAGGCUACGAAAUAUCCGACGAAGCUAUCAAGAGGGAUGACUUCGGGGAGAACAACCCGUUUAUUGUUUGCUUUGACGACCAAUCGCGCGGCGUAUCAACAACUUUAGAUGGGGAAGAGACCAAACAGGAAGCAGCAAAGGAUGAGGCUCUCGGAACAGAAGCUCAACCUGACACAGUUGUCGGGGUAGAGGAAGGAGCAACAGCGAAAGCAAUGGAGAGUGCUUUAAAGGAAGGGGUUGUCGGAGAGGCAGGGCCUCUAAAGCCAAAGGAGAUGCACUUGGAGAACACCGUGCCGCCGGAGGACAAACAGGGAGCUUCCGAAUUCAACGACGUCAAUUACUGGCGAAGCGAUUACGAGAACGCAGUUGCUGGAGAGCAAAGCUAAACAGGAAAGAUAAAAAUGAUGGAAGGUACGAGGUUUUCAUUCUUUCAAGCGUCACACUUCUUCCAGCUGCUCUUUCUGUAAAUUACAAGGUGUAUCUUCUCGCGAAAUCUGUAACUAACAUUAUGUUGGCUGGGGCCGGGGUAUCACGGGACAAGGCUCCUCACGUCAAAAGGACUUGUAUCGUUGCUCGUCUGUCGGUCAUUCGACGUUCGUCGCCCAUGUUUUAGAGGAGAGCCGCUUCGUCUGCGACUUUCUGUGUAAACACUUUUUUCUUCUUUGUGUAGCUAAUCCUUGCAAAGCACAGCAGCAGGAAUAUGACGAGCACUGUGAUCACCCCGGUGAUCCACAGCACCAUUGCCAGCU